UGACACCAUGCGUUGAUGACAUCACGAAGUACCCCUUCUUUGUGUGUCAGUGAUGUCACCAAGUGCGGUGUGGGGGACAAUGGAAUCCUGAACUCCAGGCGAGGGCGAGUGGGAAGCGGCUGCUUCUGGUUCAAGGCUAGCCGAGGGAGGGAAGACACAGCUGCUGCUUUAGGGCUGAAACAGGUUGGGGUGUGUGGUGGGGGGAUCGCUAUGUCGGAUGACGAUUCAAGGGCCAGCACCAGCUCCUCCUCAUCUUCAUCCUCCAACCAACAGACAGAGAAAGAGACAAGCACGCCUAAGAAGAAGGAAAGCAAAGUCAGCAUGAGUAAAAACUCUAAGCUGCUAUCUACCAGUGCCAAGAGGAUUCAGAAGGAAUUGGCUGACAUCACCUUAGAUCCACCUCCCAACUGCAGUGCUGGCCCCAAAGGUGAUAACAUCUACGAAUGGAGAUCAACCAUUCUAGGACCUCCAGGUUCCGUCUAUGAGGGAGGUGUUUUCUUCCUUGACAUCACAUUUACACCAGAAUAUCCUUUCAAGCCUCCAAAGGUAACGUUUCGGACAAGAAUCUACCACUGUAACAUUAACAGCCAAGGUGUCAUCUGCCUGGACAUUUUAAAAGACAACUGGAGUCCAGCAUUAACCAUUUCUAAAGUUCUCCUCUCCAUCUGCUCCCUCCUCACAGACUGCAACCCGGCUGACCCCCUGGUUGGAAGCAUUGCCACUCAGUAUAUGACUAACAGAGCAGAGCAUGACAGAAUGGCCAGACAGUGGACCAAAAGAUAUGCUACAUAAAUUGAUUUCCCCACUCCCCUUUUUUUUUGUCAACCUCUUAUUUGUCUGUGAUGGAAAGAGCUGCUUAUGAUUUUGAAGGUGUGGGGGGAGGGAGGGUGUGCUGUUAAAGAGUAGGGUAUUUCUAUAACAGAUUUUAUUCAGUCUUUUGUUUCCUGAGGUUUUGUUGUUGUAACUUAAGGUAUCUUGCUACAGUAGACAGCUAGGAUUGGGAGUAGCCUCCUUUGAGACUGUAAUUAGUUCAGCAAUAUUAGCUCACGUGUAGAACCGAGAAGAAUGUAAACUCUUAGACUUCUUUGGUUUUCAGUUUGCUUGCAACAUGUAAAAGGUUAAAACAGCUUAAUUUUGUACAGGUGCAUAUGUUGACAUUGAUGUAAAAGUCAGUUGAAGACUCUACACAGUUUUUGCUUUCUGUUCUUCCUUGGAUUCCUCUCUUCUUCUUUCUUUUUUCUCUUCUUGUUUUGUAAAGAGCGGUUUGGAUUCGCUAUCCCCUCUGGAGGGCACAGUGCUACUUAACAAACACUCUGUAAAGACUGUCAUCUCAUCACCUCUGAUGUGGAGAGGGAGAUAUGUGUGGCCUCAUAUCUGAAAUGAGAAGUAGUUAAUGUAUUAUUUGAUAAGCCAGUCUAUGUAUGUGAAAAGAAGGAAGGGUUUAAUCAGGACUAUCUGGGAAGCUGUAGUGAAAUACCUUAAGCUGUUCAACUGUAAGGCGUGGGAUGGGAGUCACUCAGUCGAUUGGAUGUAUGUUAUGGGCUACUUAAGUCUGCAUUUGUUACUGUGCUAAUAAAAAGAUGUUUAAAAAAAAGAGAAGAAGAAAA